UGUCAAGGAUACAGUGAAGGUGGAGAGGCGCAAACCUGAGGACGAUGAAAAAGUAGUCCCUUUAUUCAGCAAAAGGAGCGAGAGCAUCAAACCCCCGAGGAUCAGAUGUUGUCAACGGCUCAGCAGAUGCUGCAGGAUAGCCGCUCCAAGAUCGAGCUGAUCCGACUGCAGAUUAUCAAAGUCACCCAGGCUGGCGUUGGCGUUGGCGGAGACGGGGACGGUGGAGGAAACCCCAACAGCUCCACUCAUGGAGAGAUCUCUCCGGUGGCCGUCAGCGCUGUGGAUGCUCGUUAUGCAGAGCUGCAGCUCUACAUGCAGAGGGAGACGGACGCUUUGUCGCUGGCCAAAGAUGUGGUGAAGCAGCUGGAGGGAAUCUCAUCGCUGGACCAGAAGGCCCUGGCUGAGGCUCAGUCUCGGGUGCAGGAAUCGUCUCAGAAGCUGGAUCUUCUGCGGCUGUCUCUGGAGAAAUGCACUCAGGAGAAGAACCAGGAGCCAGAAGACCCCUCAGAGGGACCCCCGUCUCCACCAGAGUCCGGACCUGGAUGUCCCCUUUCAGCCUCGCCCUCCAUCUUCUCCAUCCGACCCGCCUCCUUGACUGGCAAACUUGAAGUCCGACUUCUUGGAUGUGAAGAUUUACUGAAACCUCGGACAAACCCGGAGCAGGAAAACCAUCUGAGUCCCACUGAGGAGAGUUCAGGAGCUCACAGGACGGACGGACACUCUGAGGAGGUCAGCGCGGUGCUCCGGCUGGACAGCAGAGUGGUCGGUCGGACGCGUUGGGCCGCCGUCAGCCGGCUGAACUGGGAUCAGACGUUCUGCAUCCAGCUGGAGAGGUCUCGAGAGCUGGAGGUCUCUGUGUUCUGGAGGGACCGGACCUCAAUGUGUGCAGUGAAGUCCCUACGACUGGAGGAGAUGAUGGACAACCAGAACCAGAGCCAGGAGAUCAGUCUGGAGCCUCAGGGCCUCCUCUACGCACAGCUUAAAUUCAUCGACACUGUUGUUGAGCGGCAGCCGAAACUGAGACGUCAGCGUUGUAUCUUCACUAAAGAACGAGGGAAGAACUUCCUCAGAGCGGCCCAGAUGAACAUGAACUUUUCCACGUGGGGUCACCUGAUGAUGAGCGUCCUCCCUCGAUACAGCUCCUUCUCCACGUUCAGCUCCUCACGCUCCACCACCCCCGACCUGGUGGACAACAACACCCAACGUCCAGCCGAGGGGGAGCCUGAACGCACCACGACACUGCCAAGCGAAGCUCCAGAAAUCCGACUCAGCAUCACCGAGGAUCAUCCGUCUCCAAACAGCCUCGAGGAAGACGACGCUCCCAUCAUCAUCACCACGGCAACGCACGAAAGGUCACCUGAGUCUGCAGCGCAAGAAAAACUGUCAUCCAUAAACAACACAGAAGAAAGUGAAGACCAGCCUGUAUCUGCUCUAAAGAUGCAGAAGGAAGAUUUCAAAUACAUUUCGGUUCUGGGCAGAGGACACUUUGGGAAGGUUCUGCUGGCAGAGUUCAAGAAGACGGAAAAACUUUACGCCAUCAAAGCCUUGAAGAAGAGAGACAUUGUGACUCGGGAUGAAGUGGACAGCCUGAUGAGCGAGAAGAGGAUCUUCGAGAUGAUCAACGCCUCCAGACACCCGUUCCUGGUGAACCUCCACGGCUGCUUCCAGACCAGCGACCACGUCUGCUUCGUGAUGGAGUAUCUGCCAGGAGGCGACCUCAUGAUCCACAUCCACAACCACGUCUUCACCGAGGCCCAGACCCGGUUUUAUUCAGCAUGUGUCCUGCUGGGUUUAGAGUUCCUGCAUCUGAAUAAAAUCAUCUAUCGAGAUCUGAAGCUCGACAACCUGUUAAUGGAUUCUGAUGGAUUCAUAAAAAUCACAGACUUUGGACUUUGUAAAGAAGGAAUGGGUCAUGGUGAUCGGACCUCCACUUUCUGUGGGACUCCUGAGUUUCUGGCUCCGGAGGUCCUGACAGACGACAACUACACCCGAGCGGUGGACUGGUGGGGGAUGGGCGUCCUCAUCUUUGAGAUGCUCGUGGGAGAGUCUCCGUUUCCUGGUGAGGAUGAGGAGGAGGUGUUUGACAGCAUCGUCAACGAUGAUGUGGAGUAUCCAGGGUCUCUUCCUCCUGAUGUCGUCUGCAUCGUCCAGAAGCUGUUGAAGAAGAAUCCUCUGAAAAGACUCGGAGGCGGAGAGAGAGACGCAAACGAGGUCAAAGGAGAGAAAUACUUCGAGACCAUCGACUGGGAAGCCCUUCUGGCCAAGAAAGUGAAGCCUCCCUUCCUGCCGUCGAUCAAAGAGUCGAUGGACGUCGGCAACUUCGACAGCGAGUUCACUCGACUCCAGCCCAUCAUGUCGCCUCCGUCCAAACCCUUCGUCCUCUCCGCCGAGCAGCAGGAAGCCUUCGCAGACUUCGACUUCUGCGCUUUGCACGGAUGAAGGACGAGCUGAAAGGACCAGGGCGGGAGAACUUAGUUUGUGGCUGGAAAGUUUGUCAACUUUUAGAGGAUCAACUAUCAUCUUUUAGUAAAAUAAUUCAAGUAUCUCCUUUAAUUUGUUAUUUAUUUGAAUUAAAAGAUUAAAAGUUGAGCUGUUUUGCAAGAACAUUAACAAGACUCUUUACAAUUAGUAGCCAAUGGACCAAUGGACCAAUUAGUAGCCAAUUAGGUAGUCUAGCUAAGCCCCCGCUAGCUGUUUCCCUUCAAUUCCAGUCUUUGUGCUAAGCUAAGCUAAUUGUCUGCUGGCGGUAGCUUCAUAUUUAUUGUACUCAAAAAACAAAAUGAUUUGUUAGUUGGACUCCUACUUUGUUGGAAAUCAGAUUACAGCUGAGAAAGGGAGUCUUGAAAGCCAGACAUCUGACCUCCAGUCCCAAUAAGCAUUUAGCUAUUUGUAUUGAUCCCUUGAACCUCUGGAGUAGUAAAACUCUCACAUGAUUAAAAGUAGUGGACGAAGUAUUCAGAUCUUUUACUUAAGUAAAAGUAGCAAUACAACAGAAUUAUAAUAGUCCUGCAUUCAAAAUGUAAAUUACGUAAAAACUUUGCAUAUAAAGUACCAAAAGUAAAAGUAAUCAUUAUGCAGAAUGACC